AUGAGACAUAUCAGAAGCAUUUAUGUGUUUUGUGGUAUUGUCAUGUCAGCAUGUGGCCGGGCUUCAGAGCUGCUGGAAGAAAGGGAACUGACUACCAACUGCUCUAAGAUGUCACUAAGAAAAGUUCCUGCAGACUUGAUCCCGACCACGACCACACUGGAUUUAUCCUACAACCUCCUUCUUAAACUCCAGAGUUCAGAUUUUCGUUCUGUCUCCAAACUGAAAGUUUUGAUUCUGUGCCAUAACAGGAUCCAAGAGCUGGAUAUCAAGACCUUUGAAUUUAACAAGGAGUUAAAAUACUUAGAUCUGUCUUACAACAAACUGAAGACUGUGACUUGGUAUUCACUAGCAGGUCUCAGACAUUUAGAUCUUUCUUUCAAUGACUUUGACACCAUGCCUAUCUCUGAGGAGAUUAGCAACAUGUCUCACCUGGAAGUCUUAGGUUUGAGUGGGGCAAAAAUACAAAAAUCAGAUUUCCAGAAAAUUGCUUACUUGCAUCUAAAUACUGUUUUUUUAGGAUUGAGAUCUCUUUCUCACUAUGAAGAAGGCAGCCUGCCCAUCUUAAAUACAACAAAACUUCACAUUGUUUUACCACAAAUUUCUGGGCACACAAAUUUCUGGGUUCUUUUGCGUGAUGGAAUCAAGACUUCAAAAAUAUUAGAAAUGACAAAUAUAGAUGGCAAAAGCCAAUUUGCAAGUUAUGAAACUCAAAAACAUCUUAUCUUAGAAGAUUCCAAGACAUCCAUCCUCUUACUUAGUAAUGUUGAUUUACUUUGGGAUGACCUUCUCUUUAUCUUCCAAUUUGUUUGGCAUACAUCAGUAGAACAUUUCCAAAUUGAACAUGUGACUUUUGGAGGUAUGGUGUAUCUUGAUCGCAAUUCAUUUGACUACUCAAAUACUGUAAUGAGAACUAUAAAAUUGGAGCAUGUACAUUUUACAUUUUUUAAUAUUCCACAGGAGAGUGUCUACUUGCUUUUUACCAAAAUGGAUAUAGAAAACCUGACAAUAUCAGAUGCACAAAUGCCUCACAUGCUAUUCCCUGUUUAUCCUACAAGAUUCCGAUAUUUAAAUUUUGCUGAUAAUAUCUUAACAGAUGAACUAUUUAAAAACCCUAUCCAACUGCCUCAUUUGAAAACCCUCAUUUUGAAAGGCAACAAAUUGGAGACACUUUCCUUAGUGAGUUGCUUUGCUAAGAACACAUCCUUGCAGUUCUUAGAUAUAAGCCAAAACCUGUUACAACAUGAAAAUAAAGAAAAUUGCUUUUGGCCAGAAACCUUAAUCACCAUGAACCUGUCAUUCAAUAAAUUUGCUGAUUCUGUCUUCAGGUGCUUGCCCACAAGUAUUCAAAUACUUGACUUGAAUAAUAACCAAAUUCAAACUGUCCCUAAAGAGAUUAUUCAUCUGCAGUCUUUGCUAGAGCUAAAUCUUGCAUUUAAUUUCCUAACUGAUCUUCCUGGGUGCAAUCAUUUCAAAAAACUCUCAAUUCUAAACAUUGAAAUGAACUUAAUUCUCAGCCCAUCUCUGGAUUUUUUUCAGAGCUGCUCAGGAGUUAAGACUCUAAAUGCAGGAAGAAAUCCAUUUCGGUGUACUUGUGAAUUAAGAGAUUUCAUUCAGCUUGAGAAAUAUUCCAAGGGCAUGCUGGUUGGAUGGUCAGAUUCAUACAUCUGUGAAUACCCUUUGAGUAUAAGGGGGACUCAGUUAAAGGAUGUUUACCUUCCUGAAUUAUCCUGCAACACAGCUCUGUUGAUUGUCACUGUUACGGUGAUCAUGCUGGUUCUGGGGACAGCUGUGGCCUUCUGCUGCCGCUACUUUGAUCUGCUCUGGUAUGUCAGGAUGCUGAGUCAGUGGACACAGACGUGGCACAGGGUUAGGAAGACAACCCAACAACUCAAGAGAAAUGUCCAAUUCCACUGGUUUAUUUCAUACAGUGAACAUGAUUCUGCCUGGGUGAAACACGAAUUGAUCCCGAACCUAGAGAAAGAAGAUGGUUCUGUCUUGAUUUGCCUUCCUGAGGGAAACUUUGACCCUCACAAGACAGUUACUGAAAAUAUCCUAAACUGCAUUGAGAAAAGCUGUAAGUCCAUCUUGGUUUUGUCUCCCAACUUUGUCCAGAGUGAGUGGUGCCAUUAUGAACUCUACUUUGCCAACCACGCCAUCCUCAAUGAAAUUUCUCAUUGCAUAAUUCUUAUCUUACUGGAACCCAUUCCACUCUACUGCAUUCCUUCUAGGUAUCCAAAGCUGAAGGGUCUCAUAGAAAGGAAAACAUACUUGGAAUGGCCCAAGGAUAGGCGUAAAUGUGGACUUUUUUGGGCAAAUCUUCGAGCUACUCUUAAUGUUAACUUAUUAGAAACCGAAGACACCUGUGAACUACGGACAUUCACAGAGUUAAAUGAAGAGUCUCGAGGUUCUGCAGUCUCUCUGAUAAGAACAGAUGGCUUAUAA